AUGAUCGACACACUACGUCCUCUGCAACACCCUUCGUAUAAAAAUGCUCAUUCGGAGGAAUUUCUUGAAAUUCGCUCAGAGCGCUUUUGUGAUAUUCCCAUCAAUGUUUUUGUUGAUGAUUGCGAGGCUCUCUCGGUGGCUCGUUAUCUUGCCAAAAUGAAGUCAGCCCAGGGUGAUAAUUAUCCCUUUUUUGUGAUGGAUAUGGGUCGUGUUGAAAGUCUUUUAAACACUUGGCAAAGUAAGCUACCAGACGUACAGCCUUUUUAUUCGCUACGUUGCAACUCCGAUCCUGUACUGCUACACUUGCUAGCUGAACAGAGUAAUAUAGGUUUUUAUUGCACCAGUCGUGCUGACGUCGAACUGUUGAUUACUAAAGAAAGGAAAGAUGUUCAGGCGUUGACGAUGGUGGGGGAAGAUCAUAUCUUGUACGCAAACCCUUUCUGGACCAAGGGGAAUCUGCGUCAUGCAUGUGAAAACAACGUUGGGAUGUUGAUGUUUGAAAAUGAAAACGAACUACAGAGAAUAUCUGUUUCGUACCCUGAUGCGAGGCUUAUUCUUCGUGUUUGCAUGAAUCCUUCUCUAAACGAGAAUGCUAUGAAAAUUGGCUGUGAAGCUUUCGAGGAGGCACCAUCUUUACUUACUGUAGCGGCUCGUAUGGGAUUGCAAGUGACAGGCAUCAGUUUUUCGAUUGGAGCUGGUGCUUCUUCUGUCGGCAUAUACCGUCAUGCUGUUGGGUUGGCGCGUCGACUUUUCGAUGUAGGAACUUCUCUUGGGCAUAAGAUGAGCGUAUUGGACAUUGGUGGAGGGUUUCCCGGUUAUAACAGUGCCGUAGGGCUAUCAUUUUCGCAAGUUGCGGAAGCAGUCAACGCGGCACUGCUUGAACAUUUUUCCGAUCCAGCCUGCGCUGGUGUUAGGGUUAUUGCAGAACCUGGACGAUACUUUGCAGCUUCUGUUUUUUCUUUAGUUACGAACAUCAUUGAUAAACGUAUCGUUGAUGCAAGCCUUGUCACAAGCGAUUCGUAUGAUAGUGGAUCAGCUGGUUUUGUUUACCAAACAAAUGAGGGUUUCUAUGGCUCGUUUGGAUGUUGUUUGACAGCUCAUUGCGAGCCAUGUUGUCGCCCACUUGUGGAAGUUGAUGAAGAUUAUAAUAAUUACACUUAUGCCACCAUACUUGGCCCCACUCUCAAUAGUGCUGACGUUGUGCAGCCUAUUGCGCGUCUACCGCAAAUGGAGGUUGGUGAAUGGCUGAUUUGGAACGAUAUGGGUGCAUACACACUUGGGAAUCGUGGAACAUUGGGAGAAAAUGGAGCAAAUGUUCCUUCAGUGUAUUAUUUGGUUGGGAAUGAACACUGGCGACAUCUUUCUCGACCUUCAACUCCUGAGAGCCUGGUCAGUUCAGUUCAUUCAGGGGCCGAGUCUGACUCAGAUCCCUCUCAUUCGACGGAUUGUCAGGCGCUGGAGGGUGGCGAUGUUGGAAGUGUAAUUGCAGACGAGGUGCAUUAUUGGUGUUCUGUAGCUACGUGA